AACAUAAUAACAUAGAAGAUACUGAUUUGUUUUUUGAAGAAAAUCAAGUUGAAGAAACCGGAGGUUUAUCAACUAGUAAUUAUAUCUUACCAAGUGAGCCUAGAGAAAGUAUCAAUAAUUAUCAACCUCAGUAUAGUUCAUUAAUUGAUGCUAUAGGAAAGACCUCAGUCAAUUAUGAUGAAUUCGAUAUAUCUGAUACGAAUUCAACUUAUGAUAAUGAAAGCUUAUCUGAUAUCUUAGAUGUUGUAGAGAAUA